GUACUGGCGCUUACUUUCAUCACGAAAAAACUACGGAGGGCCGUUCCUGCCCGCGGGCCAAUCAAACACCGCAGAACCACCGGUGGGGACGGUGAUGGGGUAGGCGAGCUGUCACUCAACGUGGGGCGGGAUCACAUGCUGCUGCGCGCGCGCAUGCGCUCUUCCUGCUUCAGGCUUUCGGCCGUUGGCGCAUGCUCGUGCUGCGCUGUGCCGUUGUACUGCUGUUUGCGGCUCGUUUUUCUGCUGUAGUUUGGAUCCCCUCCUUCCCCCCGACGGAGAGGAAUGAGCGGGCAGGCAGAGGUUAAAGUGAAAAUACCUUUUGGAAACAAACAACUUGAUGCUAUCUUUAAUAUUCCAGAGAAGAAAUUAAGAUAUGGAGUGAUUCUUACCCAUGGAGCUGGAGGAGAUAUGAAUUUCCCUCAGUUAGUUUCUUUGGCAGCCUACCUUGCAUCACAGGGAAUUCUGUGCCUGCGGUUUACUUGUAAAGGCCUUAACGUUGCUUAUAGGACUAAAGCUUACAAAACAGUUGUGGAAUACUUGAAGCUUUCUGAUGAUUAUAAGCUUUCAGGUGUCUUCCUUGCAGGCCGUUCCAUGGGCUCACGAGCUGCUGCCUCUGUGAUACAUCAGCUCAGCCAGGAUGGUAAUAAUGAUGACUUCAUUCAGGGUCUGAUCUGCUUAUCGUACCCUUUGCAUCGACCAAAACUGCAAUCCAAGCUCCGGGAUGAAGAUUUAUUAUUUAUCAGGUGCCCGGUGCUGUUUGUCUCAGGAUCAGCAGAUGAGAUGUGUGAAAAACAAUUGUUAGAAAGCGUGGCAAGCAAAAUGAAAGCCCCUAAAAAAAUCCAUUGGAUUGAUAAGGCAAACCAUGGGAUGGCAGUUAAAGGCCGAACAGAAGAUGAUGUCAUGGAAGAAAUAAAUGUACAAGUUUUUUCUUGGCUUAGAGAGAAUAUUGAACUGAAGCACAAAUGACUUGCAGUGGUUGCUUUCACGAAAUGCAACACAUCAGCUGGAAAUGUGUUUUUGAAAGCAAGUGUUUUCCAAGGACUAAAAUGUAAAUAUUUUUUUAUGAAUGUAAAAAAUAUACAAGACAAUAAAGAACAUUAUAAAGGAAAGAUGGAAAAUCUAUCAAAUCAGUCUGGACAGUACUGUUUUUAGUAACUCCAUUUGAAAAGUAUGUAAUAUUUAAUGUUCUGCAUUAACAAGUAAAUACUGUUGGUGUCUUUUAUGUAUUCAAAUAUUAUUUUGAUACCAAAUCUUUUGAUGCAUUUAUCAGCUGAAUUAAUACCUGUGAGCUGAAAUGGCUGGGUUGGUCCUGAGAAAAGCGUCUUGAUGCUGUCUUCUGAGGUGGUUGUCUCAUCCCCAUUACCAAGAGUUCCCCAAAACGUCCUCUGGUUAUGCAGCAUUCUUAUGGCUUUCAGCUUGCUGCUGCAGUGAGUGACUGGUUGUGAACUGGCAGUUCUAACCUGGAGGUUCUUACAGGUAGAUGAAAGUUAAGCAUGUGAGUCAGAUAUAAUAAGUCUUCCAUCACAAGAUGCCUCAAGAAUGCUGAUAUCCUAACAGUAACAUGCAGUAAGCAUGGUACAUAUCCGAAUGUUUACAGCCAAUUUCUAAAGGAACAUAAAAUGGCCUUACAGGUUUGAAGGUGGUAGUGUUACAGAGAAAAUAAAUCCUCACUUUUGACAGGGGAGUUAUGUUCAAACUUGAGAACUGGAUGAAUUUAAACUCGACUUUAUAUCCAUUAGAACAGGAUUUGGAGUUGAGGUUGGUAUGUUCAUAAAAUGAAAGUUGAGCUCCUUGAUAUCAGUGAAAAAACAGCUCCCUCGGCCUUUUUUCGUAGAAGGGGUGCUCCAGCCCUCUGAUCAUCUUUGUGGUCCUCCUCAGCACUUGCUCAGACAGCUCCUUGUCCUUUUGUUGGGGGCCCCAGAGCUGAAUCUAAGCAUCUGUCUCCCAUUCACCCCCUUCUACAUCCUCUUCCAAGUGACCCAGGAGAGCAUGUUAUGGAGACUGUCAUUAGCCCCUAAAGUUUUCUCCUUUCAGCUCUACCACGGUCCCUCUCUGCCCUUGCUCCAUGUAGGAUCCCUCCCAUGGGAUACCAUACUUCCCAAACUGAUCCUGAGUGGGUUUCCCUCAGGCUGCAGCUCUCCAGGCACUGUUCCAACACGGCUCCAUAGCAUGAGGCCCACCCUGCAGAAGUGGUCUGCUUCAGCAUGAGUCCCCACAGAUGGCA